GGCCGGGCCCCGUCCCCUCAGCCCUGUGCCGCUCGCUGCUGGACGGCCGGCGGAGUGCCUCCGCGCCCCUCGGCUGUUCUCGCCCAUCUUAAAGACGAAAGCUGAACGUUGCUUGGAACGUUCAGCUCUGUCCCGCCGCGGUGCGCAGGCGCCUCGGUGUGCUAGGCCUCACUUUCACCCCACAGCACGGCGCGUUAGGGUGUUCAGCAUUUAAAACGUUGACAUUGCGUUUAAAUUAUGAAUACAUCCCUGCUUAAGCCUAUUGCAAAAAAAGCAUAAAAGCUCUAAAACUGAUGAUAUAUGUAGUGAAAGCAGAUACAAAACCACUUGCUCUGUUACCUGCCAGUCCUCAGCUCCUGUGAAUGGUGAGGAUGUCCAAGGAGACAUGUCUCAGAAGCCCUCUUAGUCACGCUGUUUGAGAAGCUAUUAAGUGAAGCAUCCAAGAACACAAGCUUUUUCUAACCUGAACGCAACUCAAUGCAGAAUUAGAAGCAAAAACAGCAAAACUGGUACGUCAGGCUGAAGAAGUAAUGAAAGGCCACCAGGACAUACUCUCUAGACCAGAUUCAGUACAGGCUAAGUCACGUGAAGACAACAGACAGAGAUGUCCACUCUGUCCUGAAGUUUCAUCUCUCACACACUCAUAUGCCAAGCUAGCAAACAAGAAGAAAUCUGCUUCCAUGCCCAUGGCUCAGAACAGACCAUACUCUGGAAGUAAGGGCCAAAGAACAACUUCAAGUUCAAAAGCAAGAAACCUGGAAGUACAAAGUGCUGAUAAUGUUGCAGUGCUGGAGGAUUGCAUCGAUUAUUCUUUAGCAAAAACAAUAAGCAAAAUGGAAGGAAAACUAGAGAAAGGAGGCUUACCAGACUGUCUAGCUGAUGAUACUAUUCCAAGUGCUGGAAAUGAAAUGGGAGCAGAAGCUCAACUCAGAUUUCUUAAGGCAAAGUUACGUGCUAUGCAGGAAGAGCUGGAUAAUGUGAUGAGUGAGUGCGGGAAAAAGGAUGAUGAAAACCAGAAUUUUAAAUCUCGGCUUAAAGAUAUUGAAGAAGAAAACAGCAGACUGCAACGAACCAUCAGCAUGCAACGUUCUCACACAGAAAAGUACAAAAUGUUGUCACAAGAAGCAACCAGAAAAAGUGAGGAGUUACAACAAGAGGUCAUUGCACUAGAAAAGGAACUGAAUAAUCUAAAGCGUGUACAGAAGCAAGCUGUAACCAGUCAGAGUGCAACAGAGGUUCGCUUGAAUAGGGCCCUGGAAGAAGCAGAAAGGUAUAAAGUGGAGCUGAAUAAACUGAAGCAAAGCAACAAGGAUGCAGCUAAGCAAGAACUCAAGACAAUUGAAGCAUUAAAAGCAGAAAACAAGAAACUGCAGAAACAAAAAGACGAGCUAAUUACAGGUUUUAAAAAGCAGAUGAAGUUAAUCGAUAUUUUAAAGAGACAAAAGAUGCACAUCGAAGCUGCCAAGAUGCUUUCUUUUACUGAAGAGGAAUUCAUGAAAGCUCUUGAGUGGGGAAAUUAGUGAUUACAUAAAAAAACAACUUCUCUUUGAAAUACAAGUCAGGUGAUACAUUAUUUUAGUGCUGAAUGCUAGUUAGUAGUUAAUUACUGUAAAUCACAGUGAAUUUUCGUGGUGAUGCUUACUUUUAAAUCCUUUAACUUUUAUAAGCCUGAUAGCUUGUAUUGUAGUAUAACAUGAAACAAAGAUUUCUACGGAAGCUUCAGGCCAAACUCUCCACUUUGUAGUGAGCAAUGCAGCACAGACUGUGGAAGGAAUAUGUCAACUUUGUUAUGUUUGCUUUGUUUUAGAUUUUAGAACUAUAUCUAAGGUAAUAGUCCAAAGGUUUAGUUUCAAAAAAUUCCUUGUUGCAACAGAAAUAAAUUAACCAGUGAUCCAGUUGAAAAUGUCAUGUCCUUUUAAAAACACUUAGUUGGAAAGCUGUCCUUGUCUGUUCUCUUUAACAGAUCUCCUCUCAAAGCUAGUUGGUCUAGCAUUGCACUUAGGUACUGACAGUGCUUUUAAAGAAAUUAUCUUAACUUAUUUUUGCUGUUACAUCUUACACCCUGCCUGGCAAACACAUCCAUGAAACAUGCCCUACUACCCAGAUAGACUCUGUCAUCUGACACACCUGUAUUGUAUAAAGUCACUACUUCAGUCAAGUGAAAACACUACAUCAUUUCCUGGCCAUCAGCUACUGUUUCAGCGUACAGUCAGGAGUGAUGACUCCAUGUUCACAGGCGCUCUACAACCAUUACAUCCUUAAAGAUUUCAUAUAAUCAUUAUUGUCAAGAACUAGAUAAAAGUUUGAGUGCAGAUGAACUGACUAUAUCCAUCUGUACAAUAGUGAACAGGAGCAAUAAAGGCCUGUGCUGCUUGUGCAAACCUCUGUCAAACCUCAGCUAUUUCAAUGGAUUCCUCCCUCAAAGUAUUUGAAUAAGAGCAUGGCCUGUAAAUAUUAAGUUUAGGCACUGAAAGAAAGGUAUAAAUGAUGAUUCUGACCUCAAAAUGGAAAAGUGUCUCUGGUUAGAUCCUACCAGCAAAGUAACAUGAACUAACAGUGAAAGCAGUAACAAAGACCUACCCCUUUGAGAUAAGUGACAUUUAGAUGAUUAUUUUCAUAGUGUAAUACCAGGGCAGAUUACAUCUUUAAAUUACAACCAGAAACAGUAAGUUGAGAGAAUCUUAUGGCCCAUACUGAAAUACAUGUGAAUUUACAGUGGCUUGGAUUUCUACAGAGUUGCUGAGAAAAUGCUUCUAACAUUGCUACAUCAUGAGCUGACAAUGAUUGAGAACACCCUAAACAGUUUAUUGAUGGAAAAUGCAAGUACAGCAUACAUUUAAAUCUAACUAAUUGCUCAUUGGUUUAGAACUCCAGUCUUAAAAUGGAGACUUGUUGUCAUAGCCAAAGGAGUUCCCCACUGUUAACAGCAAAUGGGAAUUUUUAUUAGCAAUCAGGUGACACCUAGUGGCAAGCCAGGAGAUGGGACGGGGACUUGUUCAUCUCUCUUCUGAAAACGUAUUACCUCUUCUCUUCUGAUAAGCCAAUCUGAAUUCCUCUCCAAGCAUCUCAACAUCAUCCUCACCUCUGAGUAUUCCCUGCAAUAAGGGGGAAGAAACACAGGUCGUAUGGUAAAACAAAGCAGAGAGAUGACCAUGGAUCUUGUGAAUGUGGUAGCUUGUACCCAUGGUACCAGUGUUACCUUUAAAGAAACAGCCCUGAAAACCAUCACAAAACUUCAAUGGAUGAGUCUCACACUGGCCUACUUGGUGCUGGCCUAGAAGGACCCCGUUUGUCCCUCACACAAAUAAUGAUGAAACCCCCGGCGAGAUUCCAAUGUGAGCACUACGCAGGAGACAACAUUCUCUGCAUGGUCUUUCCAAUAACAGCCACUAUAGCCAGCACAGCACCCAUGCAGCUUCAACAGCACCAAACAACUUCCUCGAAGAGAGUCCCUUGCUGGGGUGGCUCCAGUUCCACCUUCGGCUGAGCUGAAAUUAGCCCAUAAAAUAAAUUUUUCUGAAAAUCACCUAAGACUGAACAACUUAAUCUGAA